CCUCUCUCUCGAUUUGCCAAUCUACGUCCUUACGCAGAGAGGAAGCUGGCUUUGGGUUUUUUCCACUCAUAGACAUGAGGUUGCUGAGCGAGCGAGCGACGAGGAGGGACAGUUAGCGAGCCUUAUAAAUGAAAAUCAGUCUCCAAAGCGGGAUUCAUUUUGUGAGCUAACGGAGGGAUCUGUGAACAACUGAACGAGGAGCCGAAAACAACCUCCCCACUCCCCCCACCCCAGCUACAGAAGCUGGACAAGUGUAUUGGAGCGUGUAAGGGGCGUUUUUCCCGGAGUCCUGAACCCACUCUGAAUGGCCCGGGGUGAAAAGAUGCAUUGCUUAAAAGAUUUUCACAAAGACACCCUGAAACCCUCCCCUGGGAAGAGCCCUGGGACCAGACCCGAGGACGAAGCCGAUGGCAAGGUGCAGCGCGAGAAGUGGGCCAACAAGCUUGAUUUCAUUCUAUCAGUGGCUGGAGGCUUCAUCGGAUUAGGCAACGUCUGGAGAUUCCCCUAUCUCUGCUACAAAAAUGGUGGAGGUGCUUUCCUUAUCCCAUAUGUUAUCUUUCUGAUCGGUGGAGGACUGCCGGUGUUUUUCCUGGAGGUUGCUGUGGGUCAGUACACUUCGCAGGGAGGCAUCACCUGCUGGGAGAAGCUCUGCCCCAUCUUCUCUGGGAUCGGCUGUGCCUCGGUCGUGAUCGUAUCACUGUUGAACGUCUACUACAUUGUGAUCCUCGCCUGGGGGAUCUACUACCUCUUCCAGACCUUCCAGAGCGAUCUGCCCUGGGCUCGCUGCGGCCACAGUUGGAACACUGAACACUGCAUCGAGGACCGGCUGAGGAAGAACCUCUCGCUGUGUGUCGGCUGUAACUUCACCAACUUCACCUCUCCCGUGACUGAAUUCUGGGAGCGGAAGGUUCUGGGCUUGUCGCCGGGGAUCGAAGAUAUUGGGGAGUUGAAGUGGGAGCUGGCACUAUGCCUGCUUGCCGCCUGGGUCAUCUGCUUCUUCUGCAUCUGGAAGGGAGUGCGAUCCACCGGGAAGGUUGUCUAUAUCACCGCAACCUUCCCCUUCCUGAUGCUGCUGGUGUUGCUCAUUCGAGGAGUCACGCUGCCAGGUGCAGCUCAGGGAAUCAAGUUUUACCUGUACCCUGAUAUGUCAAGGCUGGGUGACCCGCAGGUCUGGAUCGAUGCAGGAACACAGAUCUUCUUCUCCUAUGCAAUCUGUUUAGGCGCUAUGACAUCCCUGGGGAGCUACAACAAGUACAAGUACAACUGCUACCGGGACUGCAUGCUCUUGGGAUGUCUGAACAGCGGCACCAGCUUUGUCUCGGGCUUUGCCAUCUUCUCCAUCCUCGGUUUCAUGGCCCAAGAACAAGGGGUGAACAUUGAGGAUGUCGCCGAGUCAGGUCCUGGCCUGGCCUUCAUCGCCUACCCCAAGGCAGUGAGCAUGAUGCCCUGGCCCACGUUCUGGGCUGUCUUAUUUUUCGUUAUGCUCCUACUUCUUGGAUUGGACAGCCAGUUUGUAGAGGUGGAAGGGCAGAUCACGUCACUGGUCGACCUCUACCCAUCCUUCCUAAGGAAGGGUUACAGAAGGGAAAGCUUCAUCGCCAUCACCUGCAGCAUCAGCUACCUGCUGGGCCUGGCCAUGGUGACCCAGGGCGGGCUGUAUGUGUUCCAGUUGUUUGAUUACUAUGCAGCCAGUGGUAUGUGCCUUCUCUGGGUGGCAUUCUUUGAAUGUAUCGCAAUUGCGUGGGUGUACGGAGCCGAUAACUUCUACGAUGCUGUGGAGGACAUGAUUGGCUACAGGCCUGGAUGCUGGAUGAAGUGGAGCUGGACUGUCAUCACUCCCUUCCUCUGCAUGGCUUGCUUUGUGUUCUCCCUGGCCAAGUACACCCCCUUGACCUACAACAAGAUCUACAAGUACCCCGACUGGGCAGAGGGUGUGGGCUGGCUGCUCGCCCUCUCCUCCAUGAUCUGCAUCCCGCUGGUGAUGGUGGUCAAGAUCAUUAACUCCGAUGGACCCAUUAUCGAGCGGAUAAAGAUGCUCACCGCUCCAAGGGGAGAAGGGAGGAAACCGAAAGACCUGGCUCUUGAUGCCGAAGCUGUCAUCCCUCUCAGUCCCAAUGGGACUGCUGCAAACGAUGUAGAAAAAACACCUCAAAUAAUUAUAGAGACUGCAAUGUAACCUCUC